AUGGAUGCCAUGAACAACGGCGACAGCAGCGAGGGCGGGGGCGCCAGCACCAACAACGGCACAGCGCCCGACAAGGACCAGGGCAGAUGGACCAUGAGCAACGGCGAGAGGGACUGCGUGUGCGACAACAAGAGCUUCAACGUACCGAGCGUGGCUGCGCUCUGCUCGAGCUGCAUCGCCGAGGCCGAGGAUCUACAAAAUGACAUGGAUGUUAUCAUGACCACCUGCAAGUUUUCUUCGGAGCAGUACAGCCCGGAUAAGGACAAGGUUGUCAACAAUAUCCAGGUGCAGGCGACGCCGCCCAAGGCCGUCUGGGGCCAGAAUGCCGGCGUCGCCAGCGGCGGAGCGGCGACGCUAAGGCCGAUCCGGGGCUUCCAGGUCGGCGUCGGGACGGCUUUGAGUUUGCUUCAGCGGUGGAUUCUGUAA